UUCAGUUUAGCGCUGGCGCGUUACAGUCCAAGCGAUCGGUGGAAAUACAAAAAGAGCCCAUAGUUAUAUAGUUCGUAUAUGGUUGAUUGUCUAUUCUAAAGAUGAACAAAAAUAUUGGCUUUGUGGAGCGCAUACGCUGGCGUUUCAAAACCUUUGAGCAUAAAAUCCAACAAUAUCGCCAGACCACAAACGAAUCGGUUAUAGCCGACACCGAAUAUGGCAAAGUGCGGGGCGUAAAGCGUUUGUCCAUCUACGAUGUGCCCUAUUUUAGCUUUGAGGGGAUACCCUAUGCCCAGCCACCGGUUGGGGAGCUGCGUUUUCGUGCACCGCAACGACCCACACCCUGGGAGGGCGUCAGGGACUGUACGCAGCCCAGGGAGAAGGCGGUGCAGGUGAACUUCAUCUACGACAAGGUCGAAGGCGCCGAGGAUUGCCUCUAUCUGAAUGUCUAUACGAAUAAUGUAAGUCCUGCCAAAGCACGUCCUGUUCUGGUCUGGAUACAUGGCGGUGGCUUCAUCUUGGGCGAGGCCAAUCGCGAUUGGCACGGUCCGGACUAUUUUAUUAAGGAGGAUGUCGUCCUGGUUACCAUACAAUAUCGCUUGGGUGCCCUGGGCUUUCUCAGCCUGAAGACGCCCGGCCUGAAUGUGCCCGGCAAUGCGGGUCUUAAGGAUCAGGUGCUGGCACUUAAAUGGAUUAAGAACAACUGCGCCAGUUUUGGCGGCGAUCCGGAUUGCAUAACGGUCUUUGGCGAAAGCGCCGGAGCUGCGUCCACACACUACAUGAUGCUCACCGAGCAGACGCAAGGCCUCUUUCAUCGCGGCAUCCUGCAGUCGGGCAGCGCCAUCGCACCUUGGGCCUUUAAUGGGGACAUCACGCAUCGCGCCUUCACCAUUGCCAAGCUGGCCGGCUACAAGGGCGAGAACAAUGAGAAGGAUGUGCUGCAAUUUCUGCAAACAGCCCCAGCCAGGGAUUUGAUACGCGUAGAGGAGCAGGUACUGACGCCGGAGGAGCAUGCCCAAAAGGUGAUGUUCCCCUUUGGACCUGCUCUGGAGCCAUAUGCAACGCCCGAGUGUGUGCUACCCAAGCAUCCGCGUGACAUGAUGAAGAACGCUUGGAGCAACUCGAUACCCAUGAUGAUCGGCAACACCUCCUUUGAGGGGCUGCUCUGGGUGCCAGAGAUCAAAAUGAUGCCACAGGUGGUGCAGCAACUGGAAGAAGGCACAGCCUUCGUGCCGCGUGAGCUAGCAGAGCUCGACAGCGAGAAGAUUAGCAAUUGGGCUCUAAAGAUACGCGGUGCCCAUGUAACUGGCGAGAAGGCCACACCAGAUAACUACUUGGAUCUGUGUUCCAUGGUCUACUUUAUCUUUCCUGCUCUGCGCGUGGUGCGCUCUCGACAUGCUCACGCCGCCGGCUCGCCCGUUUACUUCUAUCGCUACGAUUUUGACUCGGAGGAGCUAAUAUCCCCCUAUCGGAUAAUGCGUUUUGGGCGUGGCGUGAAGGGCGUCAGUCAUGCGGAUGAAUUGACCUAUCAGUUCACCAGUGUACUGGCACGCCGCAUGCCCAAGGAGAGUCGCGAGUACCGCAACAUUGUGCGCACGGUGGGCAUCUGGACGCAGUUUGCGAGAAGUGGUAAUCCCUAUAGCUCCGAGAUCAACGGCAUGGAUAUGAUUACAUGGGAUCCAGUACGCAAAAGCGACGAGAGUAUAAAGUGCCUCAAUAUUAGCGAUGAGCUGAAAUUUGUGGAGCUGCCCGAGUGGUCCAAAGUAAAGAUCUGGGAGAGUCUCUUCGAUGAUAACAGGGAGCUGUUAUUUCUUAUAUGCUUGCCACUUGAAACAAUUUGGCCUUGUCGUGCUGAUAUUUACUGUGAUUUCAGGCAACUUUUGCGAAUUGUUUUUUUUUUAUUGGCCAGCAGCAAGGAAUCAAAUUGUGCUACGUUUUGUGGUGGUGCGAAAACACAGACCGACAUGUCAUUCGAUAUUGCCAUCGCAGAUCAGAUGCGCAUUGCAUUAAACUAUGUCAAGUUCAAGACAAAGCAGCAGCGUUUGCGGAGCAACGAUAAGGUUAUUGCGGAUACGAUUUACGGCAAGGUGAAGGGGGUGAAGUGGCGUUCGAUCUAUGGCAACAACUACUGCAGCUUCGAGGGCAUACCCUUUGCCAAGCCCCCUGUGGGGGAGUUGCGCUUUAAGGCGCCCGUCGAGCCGGAUCGCUGGACGGAGGUGAAGCGUUGCACACGGGAGCGCACAAAGCCCUGCCAGGUGAAUCUGGUGCUGAAGCAGGUGCAGGGCAGCGAGGAUUGCCUGUACCUGAAUGUAUAUACCAGAGAGCUGCAUCCACAAAAGCCGCUGCCCGUGCUCGUCUGGAUCUAUGGCGGCGGCUUUCAAAUGGGCGAAGCCUCGCGAGAUCUCUACAGUCCCGAUUACUUUAUGAUGGAGCAUGUGGUGCUGGUGACCAUCGCCUAUCGCCUGGGCGUGCUGGGCUUUCUUACACUCGACGACGAGCAGCUGGAUGUGCCCGGCAAUGCGGGCCUCAAGGAUCAGGUGAUGGCUCUGCGCUGGGUCAAGCGCAAUUGCCACUUUUUUGGCGGCGAUCCGGAUAACAUAACUGUCUUUGGCGAGAGCGCUGGCGGCGCCUCCACGCACUACAUGAUGCUCACCGAGCAGACGCGGAAUCUCUUUCACAAGGCUGUGCUCAUGUCGGGCUCAGCGCUGUCGCCCUGGUCCAUAACGCCCAAACAUAACUGGGCAUGUCGCCUGGCUCAGGCCACGGGCUUAACGGGUGAGCCGAAUGACCGGGAGAUUCUCAACCAUUUGCGACACUGCAAGGCGAGCAGCAUGCUGCGCAUGGCCGAGGAUAUUAUCACCAUGGAGGAGCGGCAUCAGCGCAAGGUAAUGUUCUCCUUUGCGCCCACCGUAGAGCCAUAUGAGUCGGAGCAUUGUGUGAUACCCAAGCCGCCGCUGGAGAUGAUGCGCAACUGCUGGGGCAACGAUAUACCACUCGUGGUGGGUGGCAACUCCUUUGAGGGGCUGCUCGUCUUUCCCGAGGUGCGCAAAUGGCCGGAGCUGCUGUGCGAACUCGGCGACUGUGAGUAUCUGUCGCCCGAGGAUGCCGGCCUGGAUGCGGAUCAGCGACGCGCCUUUGGCAAGCAGCUAAAGUCCACGUAUUUUGGAGACAAACAGCCCAGUCAGAAGACAAUACUCGAAUACAGUGAUCUCUGCUCGUAUAAAUAUUUCUGGCAUGGCAUACAUCGGACGCUGCUGUCGAGGAGCCUGCACGCGCCCAGGUCGCCCACAUAUCUGUAUCGGUUCGAUUUCGACUCGAAGCAUUUCAACAUAAUGCGAAUUAUUACCUGUGGCCGCAAGGUGCGCGGCACGUGCCACGCCGAUGAUUUAUCGUAUUUGUUUUACAAUGCGGCAGCCAAAAAGCUGAAGCGCCGCACGGCCGAGUUCAAGACGAUUAGACGUCUGGUGUCCAUGCUGGUGCAGUUUGCCGCCACCGGCGAUCCCAGCAUACCCCUCGUCACGCACGAGGAGCCCAAUGGGGAGGCGGCCCAGUCGCAGUCGCAGUCGCAGUCACAGUCGCAGUUACAGUCACAGGUCUGGCUGCCCAUAUCGCGGCAGGAUGCGGUAUUCAAGUGCUUGAAUAUUUCACAUGAUGUGCAGGUGAUUGAUUUGCCCGAGGCCGACAAGCUGCGGCUCUGGGACAGCAUGUACGCCGACAAGCAACUAUUGUACUAGACAUAUGGCUGCAGCCAUCCCCCCCCCCC